AUGGCGCUGGCGGCGGGCGCGCGGGGCCGGGCCGGGCGGUGCGGGCGGUGCGGGCCGGGCGCGCUCCUCGCCUUCGCCGCGUGGACCGCGGGCUGGGUGCUGGCGGCCGCGCUGCUGCUCCGCGCGCACCCGGGCGUCCUUUCGGAGCGCUGCACGGACGAGAAGAGCCGGCGCAUCCUGGCCGCGCUGUGCCAGGACUACCGGGGCGGCUGGCUGGCGGGAGACCUGUGUCAGGACCUGUGUGAGGCGGGGAUGCUGCGGUACCAGCGCUGCCUGUACUACGAGCGCGGCAAGAAGGUGCUGCAGGCCGAGUGGCGUGGCCGGCCCGUGGUCCUCAAGUCCAAGAGGGAGGCGUUCACCAGCUUCCCGCCCCUCAGCCUGCUGGAGGAGGGGCCCCAGGGCCGCCCGAGGGAGGCUGAGCUCCUUCUGAUGGUGGCCGGCGAGGUCAGGCACGCCCUGGGCCUGGAGCUGCCCAGCGGCAGCCUGGGGCCACUGUGGCCAGGCUGGCGGGGUGUGGGCUGGCGGCGACAGGUGGCCAGCGCGUGGGCCCUGCUGCAGCAAGAGGAGUACGUGUACCUGAGCCUGCUGCAGGGCCUGAGCCGCCACGUGCCGCCCGUGCUGGGCUCCUGCGGCCACUUCUACGCCGUGGAGCACCUGGCUGCAGGCAGCCCGCGGCACCAGGCGCUCUUCCCACUGGAGCAGAAGCAGGCCCGGGCCCGGGCCCAAGCGGUCAGCCGCAUCGCACUCAGCUUCCUGGACAUGGUGGGCCAUUUCGACCACGACUUCUCCCACCGCCUGCACCUUUGCGACAUCAAGCCUGAGAACUUUGCCAUCAGGAGGGACCUCACGGUGGUGGCUAUAGAUGUGGACAUGGCCUUUUUUGAGCCUAAAAUGAAGGAAAUCCUUGAACAAAAUUGUACUGGCGAUGAAGACUGUAAUUUCUUCGACUGUUUUUCAAAGUGUGAUUUGCAAGUGAACAAGUGUGGAGCACACCGGGUCAAUAGCAACCUACAAGUGAUCUGUGACAAGAUAUUUCGCCAUUGGUUCUCCGCAACGCUCAGGGACUCUGCUGUGCCGCUCCAGCGUCAGCUGCAGCUACAGGAGGCGGUGCGGGAAUGCGCAGGCCCCACGCGGAGCUCCGGGAGAGCGGCCCCCAGCGUGUUCUGGAAGCUUCGCCGGCUCCUGCAGGCCACGCUGAGGGAGCUGCAGGAGGCGGACAAGUAG